GCUUAAUUUUAAACGCAGCUAUAUAAGCUCCAAACCCGCCUCCAAAACCGGAGAAAACCCUCCCUAAAGCCCUCUACCCGCCUCUCCUCAAAUCCCACCGCCAAUUCUUUUUCCCCCUUCUCUCCUCCCCCUCUCUGCUGCGGCGGAGGGAUUCGUUCCCAGAGAUCGCCCCCGAAUUCUAUAGCUCUUGGAUUUCUAGGGUUUCGUCCUCCCGCCCUCGUCUGUUCUCUUUCUUGGCAAAUAUAAGGAGAUCAGAUGGCGUGGGAGGACGAGGUCAUCGGCCCGGACGUGGCCUCCGCCGGCCUUCUCGUGAGCGAGCGCAUCGGCAAGGACGUCGCCGCGCAGCUCGACCUGGAAGAGGCUCUUGAGGCCUCGCGGUACGCGAGCCACCCCUACUCCUCCCAUCCGAAAGAGUGGCCUCCUUUGGUUGAAGUUGUGGAGACUCGGGAGUUACCUCCUAUGCUAAUUGAGAGAUAUAAUGCAGCCGGUGGAGAAGGAACGGCACUUUGUGGAUUUUUUCCUGAGAUACACCGAGCUUGGGCAUCGGUUGACAAUUCUUUGUUUCUUUGGCGCUUUGAUAAGUGGGAUGGACAAUGCCCUGACUAUAGUGCGGAGGAGCAAGCAAUUUGUGCUGUUGGCCUUGCUAAAUCAAAGCCUGGAAUUUUUGUUGAAGCAAUCCAGUAUCUUUUGGUGCUAGCAACUCCUGUCGAGUUGAUUCUCAUUGGAGUGUGCUGCACUGCUAGUGGGGAUGGAACAGAUCCGUAUGCUGAGCUUUCCUUACAACCUUUACCUGAGUAUACAAUACCAUCAGAUGGAGUCACUAUGACAUGCAUUGCAUGUACGGAUAAAGGUCAAAUUUUCCUGGCUGGCCGUGAUGGACACAUUUAUGAAAUCCAGUACACAACUGGCUCAGGCUGGCGUAAGCGUUGUCGUAAGGUUUGCCUCACCACAGGUUUGGGCAGUAUUAUUUCGAGGUGGGUCUUGCCAAAUGCCCUUAAAUUUGGAGCUGUUGAUCCAAUUGUUGACAUGGUUGUUGAUAAUGAAAGGCACAUCAUUUAUGCACGAACUGAAGGCUCAAAACUACAAGUGUUUGAUCUAGGUGUAAAUGGUGAUGGUCCACUCAAGAAAACUGCUGAAGAGAAAAACUUGAUUGAUCCCCGUGAGACACAGUAUGGGGGUAGACGAUCUGCUGGAUCAAGAGCAGUUGCACGGGCAGCAAAACCGUCAAUAGUUUGCAUUGCACCAUUAUGCACUGUGGAAUCAAAAUGGCUCCACAUGGUUGCUGUUUUGUCCGAUGGCCGGAGACUGUACCUUUCAACUUCUUCAUCAGGUGGAAAUAAUUCUUCUGUUGGUGGUUUAACUGGACUUAAUGCUCUUCAAAGGCCAUCCUGCUUAAAAGUUGUUGCAACCAGGCCUUCACCUCCCUUAGGUGCUGGUAGAACUCAGCCUGAAGAUCUGUCUUUGAAGGUGGAAACAGGUUUUUGUUCUGCAGGAACUCUUGUACUUUCAGAUUCAUCAGCCUCAGCUAUCUCCUCUAUUCUGAUUGUAACCAGGGAUUCAAGUAUGCAAUCAUCUAUUUCCAGUAACUUUGGAAUGGCUGCAAGAAGCUCUCGUGCGUUACGGGAAAUAGUAUCAUCUUUGCCUGUUGAAGGCCGAAUGCUCUGUGUUGCUGAUGUUUUGCCGCUGCCAGAUACUGCAGUCACGGUGCAAUCCUUGUACUCUGAUGCAGAAGCUUUUGCAGGUUUGAGAGAAUCAUCUGAAAAGGCUUCUGGAAAACUUUGGGCUAGAGGAGAUUUGCCAACGCAACAUAUCUUACCUAGGAGGAGGCUUGUUGUGUUUAGCUCCAUGGGUCUGAUGGAGGUAGUUUUUAACAGGCCAGUGGACAUCUUGAGAAGGUUAUUUGAGUCCAAUACACCGAGACAACAAAUAGAAGAUUUUUUCAAUCGUUUUGGAGCUGGAGAGGCUGCAGCUAUGUGUUUAAUGCUGGCGGCAAAGUUAGUAUAUGCUGAAGAAAAUCUUAUAAGCAACACCGUUGUUGAGAAAGCAGCUGAAGCAUUUGAGGAUCCAGGAAUUGUUGGAAUGCCACAACUUGAUGGUACUACUGCUCUGUCGAGUGCCAAAACUCCAGGUGGAGGCUUUAGCAUGGGGCAGGUUGUUCAAGAGGCUGAACCUGUAUUUUCUGGUGCACAUGAAGGACUUUGUUUGUGCUCAUCUAGGUUGCUAUUUCCUAUAUGGGAACUGCCUGUGAUGGUAGUUCGAGGGGAACUGGGCUCUGAUGGUCGAUUUGAAGACGGGGUGGUUGUUUGCAGGCUCUCUGCUGCAGCAAUGAAAGUCCUUGAGGCCAAGAUUCGCUCCUUAGAACAAUUUUUAAGGUCCAGAAGAAACAAGAGACGGGGGCUUUAUGGUUAUGUUGCUGGUCUAGGUGAUUAUGCUGGUUCUAUUCUCUAUGGAACUGGUGUAGAUGUGGGAGCAGGUAGUCAUAAUAAAGGAAGAAAUUUAUUUGCGACACAAACCGAAAAUGCUGAUGCAGGAGAUGGUUUUGCAUCAAAUAAAAGACAACGACUUCUUUACACUUCGGCAGAACUAGCUGCCAUGGAGGUGAGAGCAAUGGAAUGUCUUAGGCGGUUACUCCGAAGAUCUAGCGAAGCACUUUUCUUGCUUCAACUUAUUUCCCAUCAUCAUGUCACUCGCUUGGUUCAGGGUUUAGAUAGCACUCUACGCCAGAAAUUGAUUCAGUUGACAUUCAAUCAGUUGGUAUGUUCUGAGGAGGGCGAUCAUCUUGCCAUGCGACUUAUUGCUGGUCUUAUGGAGUACUACGUUGGUCCAGAUGGCAGAGGCACAGUAGAGGAGAUCAGUAUGAAACUAAGGGAGGGUUGUCCAAGUUACUUCAAUGAGUCUGACUACAAAUAUUUCCUAGCAGUAGAGUGUCUUGAGAGAGCUGCUGUCACUAUGAAAGCUGAUGAGAGGGAAAAUCUUGCUAGAGAUGCUUUCAACCUCUUAAGUAAAAUUCCAGAGUCUGCAGAUUUGAGCACCAUAUGCAAACGAUUUGAAGACUUAAGGUUUUAUGAAGCUGUAGUACGCUUACCACUGCAAAAAGCUCAAACACUUUACUCCAGGGGUCUUGUAGUUGAUGGCAGAAUUGAUCCGAGAACCCAUGAUAGUGCCCUUGCUGAACGUGAACAGUGCUAUGAAAUAAUUAUGAAUGCCCUUCGUUCUUUGAAGGGUGUUGGACAAAGUGGGAUGCAGAGGGACUUUGGCAAUUCUGUCAGACUUCCUGGUGCAGGAUCCGUCCUUGAUCAGGCUUCUCGGAACAGAUACAUAAGACAAAUUAUUCAGCUAAGUGUCCAGUGGCCUGACACGGCCUUUCAUGAACAUUUAUACAGGACAAUGAUUGAACUCGGACUUGAAAAUGAAUUAUUGGAGUAUGGAGGUUCAGAUUUGGUGUCCUUUCUGCAGAGUGCUGGCCGUAAGCCACUGCAAGAGGUCCGGGCUGUUGCUGGAGUAACAUCAACUACUCCGAUAGGUGAUUUUGAUUCACCUAUUCCUUCUAGUCACACUAAGUAUCUUGACCUUCUAGCCAGGUAUUAUGUCUUGAAGCGGCAGCAUUUCCUUGCUGCUCAUGUUCUAUAUAGAUUGGCAGAAAGGCAAUGCACUGAAGCAGAGGAUGCUCCCACUUUGGAGCAGAGGCAUCAAUAUCUUAGCAAUGCAGUUCUGCAGGCAAAAAGUGCGACUAGUGUUGGUCCUGUCGGUUCAACCACAAAUACUGUUGAUGAUGGUUUGCUGGAUAUGCUUGAAGCAAAACUUGCAGUUCUUCAAUUCCAAAUGAAAAUAAAAAAGGAGCUGGAGUUGAUAGCAUCAAGGUCAGAAAACUUAAUGGGCACUAAUGAAGCUCUUUCAAAUGACCCCUCUCUGCAAAGUAACCAAGCAGGUGAUGCUGAAAUUUUAAAGUCAGCUAAAGACAAGGCGAAAGAGUUAGCGCUGAACCUGAAGAGCAUUACUCAGCUAUACAAUGAAUAUGCUGUUCCAUUUAAGCUUUGGGAGAUAUGCUUGGAAAUGCUCAACUUUGCAAACUAUUCUGGAGAUGCUGAUAGCAAGAUCGUUCGAGAAACCUGGGCUAGGCUUCUCGAUCAAGCCCUUUCAAGAGGUGGAGUUGCAGAAGCAUGUUCUGUGCUCAAGAGGGUGGGGUCAAAUCUUUAUCCUGGAGAUGGAGCUUGCUUACCUUUAGAUACAUUAUGUCUUCAUCUUGAGAAGGCUGCUCUGGAACGUUUGACUUCAGGAGUCGAAUUAGUUGGAGAUGAGGAUGUCGCAAGAGCUCUUCUUGCUGCCUGUAGAGGUGCACCUGAGCCUGUAUUGAGCAUUUAUGACCAAUUGUUAUCAAAUGGAGCAAUUCUACCUUCACCAAAUCUGAGACUGCGUCUUCUACGAUCAGUCCUUGUGAUUCUUCGAGAGUGGGCUAUGUCUGUGCUUGCACAUAAUAUGGGAACUACAACAGCUGGGGCUUCCUUAAUUUUUGGGGGGGCAUUGUCCCUAGAGCACACCACAGUUGUAAAACAAGGAAUUCGGGACAAAAUCACUAGUUUGGCAAACAGAUAUAUGACUGAGGUGCGAUGUCUGGCCCUCCCACAGAAUCAAACUGAGCCUGUUUACCGAGGUUUCCGAGAACUUGAAGAAAAGCUGAUGUCCCCUUCUUCUUUUCAGCUAUUUUGAUGUCCUUAUCAUUAUUUGCGGAAUUUGUGUAAGUUAUCUCAGUGCAUGUAUUCAUACAAGAAUCAAAAUUUGUUUGUUAUCUAUGUGAAGAGGUCAGGAAUUCAGCAACUGCAUUUUUCCAUGUGUGAUAUGGUUCAGCUUUCUACACCUCCCACUAAGAUAAGCAAACAGGCAUUAUUCUA